UCGUGAACGUGAAGACGAUUUGUAAACAAGAGGUGCUGGUCUCAAAUCAUGGGCAAGAAACAGCACCAGAAGGACAAACUAUACCUGACCACAACUGAAUGGAAGAACCAUUAUGGGGGUUACAAAGGUACCCAGAAUGCUGGCAGUGCAGCCAAAUUCAGAAGGCUCCCGUUUGACUGCUGCAGUUUAUCCAUGCAGCCAUUCGAGCAUCCACUUUGUACCAAAGAAGGAUUUGUUUAUGAUCUCAUGAAUAUUGUACCGUUCCUAAAGAAGUACGGAAUCAAUCCAACGACAGGAGAGAAAAUGACAGCAAAGGAUUUAAUCAAGUUGCAUUUUCAUAAAAAUGCAGAGGGAAAGUACCAUUGUCCAGUAACAUACAAAGUCCUAAAUGAGAACUCCCACAUAGUAGCUGUAAAGGUCACUGGAAAUGUGUUUUCAUAUGAUGCUGUGGAGAGGUUGAACUUGAAGGCUAAAUUCAUGAGAGAUUUGCUGACAGACGAGCCUUUUACCAGGAAGGAUUUAAUCACAAUACAGGAUCCUACCAAUCUGGAUAAGUUCAACAUUUCAAGUUUUUAUCAUGUGAAAAACAACCUCAAAGUAGAAGAUGAUGAAGAUGCCAAGAAGAAUCCAAAAUAUAAUUUAAAAACCAUCAACUCUGAGACAAGAGACAUUCUCAAUGAGCUAGACAGAGAUUACAAGACCCCAGAAUAUUUGAUGAAGACCGAUGACAAGGGGAGGAAAGCAGACAAAAUCAGUGCUGCUCAUUACUCCACAGGUGCAGUGGCAGCAUCCUUCACAUCUACAGCAGCCACACCCCAGACGGAACACGAGGCAGCUGCUAUUGAUGAAGACCUGCUGAGGUAUGAGAGGGUGAAGAAGAAGGCGUACGUGAGGAUUGUCACCAGUCAUGGUCAGCUUAACCUGGAACUCUUCUCAGACAUGGUGCCUAAGACAUGUGAGAACUUCUUGAAGCAUUGUGCCAGUGGUUACUACAACAACACCAUAUUCCACAGGUCUAUUAGAAACUUCAUGAUACAAGGUGGAGAUCCUACUGGUACAGGCAAAGGGGGAGAAUCGGCCUGGGGUGGAACGUUCAAGGAUGAGACAAAACCAAACCUGACUCACUCUGGGAGAGGAAUACUCAGUAUGGCUAACAGCGGACCCAACACCAACAAGUCACAGUUCUUCAUAACUUUCCGUUCAUGCACACAUUUAGAUGGGAAACAUGCAGUGUUUGGAAAGGUAGUAGGAGGGCUGGACACAUUAGAUAAAAUGGAGCAAGUAGAGACAGGGAAAGAUGACAAACCCAAAGAGGAAAUAAAAAUUAUCCAGACAACCAUUUUUGUGAAUCCGUAUGAAGAGGCUGAUGAACAGCUUCAGAAGGAGAGAGAUGAAUCUGAGCAGAAAGAUCAGGAGGAGAGGGAAAAAGAAAAGAGAAAAGCUGUGAGAAAGGAACAGGAGAAAGGGCCGAAAUUGUAUAAAUCUGGUGUUGGCAAAUACAUCAACCCUGCUGCUGUAAAACGUUCUGAUGAUGCUGACUCAGGACCAGUACCAGAGAAGAGGGCGAAAACGAAAGCCUCAGGCUCGUACAGCCUCAGCGACUUUAGCUCUUGGUAGUCAUAUCAAGAACAAUUUUAUACAUUGUAUUUCCGACUCUCAUCCCAUCUACCAUGAGCACUGUGGACAGUCGUUUCAACCAGGCGUUAUUACAGUAAGAGUUUUCGUCAGUGUUUCAGAUCCAUCUUUAGUAAACCAUAUUAUAAUUGAAUCACGUGAUGAUAUGAAAAGAUUUGUAUGAAGCAGAAAACAAACUUUGUUUUUUUUGCGCAUAUUUUGCUUCAGUAU